UUCACGACAUGGAUGAUAAUUUUUCCAGCCUUGCCUGUGGCGCAGUUUUGUUUUGAGUUACUAAAGGUUAAAAAUAUUGAAGCUAUUAGUGUUAGAGAGUCUGAGACUGGAGGUGGCAUUCGUGAUAGAAGGGCUGUGGAACUUAACACUCGAAGACAAAAUAACUUGUACAGAAACAUAUUCCAAAUACGACGGCAACUAUGGAUAGCCAGACGCAGGUGGAAGGCUAAUCAACACGACAUAUUGCGGUCUGAAUCAGCGGAUAUUGUGGACAAGGAGGUCCGGGAUAUAAUACAGGGAGACGGCGAUUCUUGUUGCCCAACGAUGUUUUACUUCCAUAAAAACACGACGCUUCGAAAUGUAGAUGGCGUUAUGAGACGUUUAAUACAUAUGCCUCCUUACUAUCAGUGGAUACCACACGGAAAGUGCUUGGGAGGUGGGAAUUGUGGUGGAGUUUGCAUUAGCGAACCUGUGAUGCUGCAUCUGCUGACGCUCGACUAUCAAACAAAUGACCUUUUGUUUGAAGCAUUUGAGGUUCCCGGAUAUUGCUCAUGCAAAAAUAUAUCUUAGUGAUUGGGUUACCAUGUUAAAUUUAGUUCGUAGAUCAACGAUAUUUUACUAAGUUGAUCUUACAGAAAACUUACAUUUUUCAUACACGAAAACUACAAAAGUAAGAAAGAAAAUGGUAUUAUAAAUAUCUGCAUGUGAAUAUAUCUAUUUAUAUAGUCUUUACAGUUUGGGUAUUAACAAUAAUCGCUGUCAAAAUUAGAAAAUAUUCAUUGUUUAAACUUAUAUAUUUUACAACGAUUAUGAAACAAUUUGUUACAACUUUAUAUUAAUCACUCUCAUUGGCACGAUUUCAAGCGAGAGUGUGGUCUUGUGUUGUAGGGGUAACCGCAGUUUUCGGAGGAAACCCACUUGUCCGGCUUGGUGACCACAAACCAAACUCAUUUGCACUCAGGCCGGGAAUCGAACCUGGGUCGCCUAAGUGAGAAGCGAGUGUGGUAACCACUGCACUAACCGGACAAACAAAAUGCUCAUUAAGUUGAAAAUCUUUAACAAGAUGCUGUACGAAUUAUGACCCAAAUGACGUUAAUUGUUGACAAUUUAAAUAAAACAUAAUACGAGAUUUCAGUUCAAAUGAACAAUAUCGCCAUGUACGAAAGAAAUCUUUUAUUGUAAGAUAUCUCUAUGAAUGGCAUUAGUGUUUACAUGAAAAUCAUAUAGAAAGCAAGACGUAGUUUAACCAAUUCACCAUGUUCUUAGUAGUUAAAUUGCAUGCCAACUUUGACAGACUUUUAUGUAUAUCAAUGCAAGCUUGUUCGCACGUACGGGCUAACCGGUCCCAUUACCUCGAAUGUUUAUGUCCCUUAAAACAGGAUCAAACUCAACACACUAUUAGAGAAUUGUGAUGCUUUUAAAGGGAACAUCGAUAAGAUAAAUAAGAGAAACUUUUUUGGUUUUGGAAAAUCAUAUUUAAGUACGUAAUUUUGCUAAAUUGAAUAACAUACUAGGUGAGUUACGCUUAAGAAUUCUUGCAAAUUUGGCGCCUGGUCUUUAACAUAACCUGAUUAUAACGACAGUCUCCUUAUACUCUGCCCAGUUAUCACACAUCCAUCAGUUUCUUGUAUUACAUACAAAUGUAAGCAAUGAAAAACAAGAAGACAAAAAAGAUAAAAAUAAAGCAAAAGAUCAAAACAUGAGAAGUAAGCAUACACAUUUUUGAAGCCUGGCUAAGCUAAGGUAUUUCCAAAAGCCCACAAAACUAAACCUUUUUAAAAACAUAUUAAGACACGCUAAAUAAUUCAUGCCAAAUUGAGGCCUAGUCUUUACCAUAACCUGAAUAUAACGUUUCAGUUUCUUGCAUUAUAAACAAAUGUAAGCGAUUUAAAGCAAGAAGGCAAACAAGUGCAAAAUGCAGCGAUAGGAAAAAACAUGAGAAGUAAGCAUACACGUUUUUUGAAGCAGGGCUAAGGAAUUUCCGAAAACCCCUACUACUUUUUUUUUAAAAAUCGUAAUAAGACAACAAUUCAUUAGUGUCAGUGUAUUCAAGCUUUAAUUAAUAUCGCAUUGUUGACAAAUAAUUCAUCUGACCCACUCAGUUCUUCAGAAGAAGACAUGUUUUAUAUGUGGCAUAAUAAUUGUACCUAUGUAUAUGAUGGUUCUGUCGGUGACUUUUUAGCAACGUUUGAUAAUAAGUCAGUAAACUUAUAUCAACAUUAUGGUAUUUCUUUGUUAGAAUAUUUUUGUGUUGUUGAUGUUGUUUUUGAAGCAGAAAGAAAGUCAUAUAUAUAUACACCUUCGUCUUUUGUACAUAUUGCACUUUGCAUAUUGCAUUACAUUACAUUUCCUUAGUGUGUUUUUUUGAUAAACUAUGAGAUGGCCGAACUGAAAUAUAAGAAAACAGUGUUACUCAUUGUUAUGUAGUUAUCAAAGGAAUACUU